AUGGUCUCGACUAUCCAAAUCAAAUACAAUGCUCUUCAAAGGCUCUUAAAGGACAAGAAAUUGUACAAGGAAGAACUCAGGGAACACGAGGAUACGGUCGCCGAUUUGCAUGGCAAGCUGAAAACCGCCGAGAAUAACGAGGAACUACAAUACACUCUCAAAAAUGCCAUCAAAAUCAAGGAUGAGACACAAAGACUGAUAAUCAAUGUGAACGGAAAGGCUAGGGAAGUUUUGCAAGACCUGAAAGACUACGUCGGCUCCCAUCCCGGCGAGAGUUCCGACACUAUCAAGAAGUUAAUUAUUGAAGCUGACAAAGAGGCCAGGCUAUAA